AAAAUAGUUCAGACUUGAGAGAGUCAGAGAGAGAGAUCUUCUGCUACGCUGCUACCCUUGCCGACCCCGAGAUCUCCACGCCGGUUUUGCGUUCUGUGCCCUGGAAUAUGCUUCCGCUUUCUCUACUCAAGACCGCUCAAGGUCACCCUAUGUUGAACCAGUGACUUGUUCGCCUGGUUACUUUUUUGGUUCGCUCACCAAUCUGAUUUCCAAAACAUUGAGCUAGACGAAGGUGAGGAUGAUGGACGUAGUCAUCAUGUCCCUUUUGCCUUGGGCUGGACAGUUGGUGGAGCUGAAAAAUGGGGAGACAUAUAAUGGGCAUUUGGUUAACUGUGAUACUUGGAUGAAUAUACAUCUCCGUGAAGUCAUCUGUACCUCUAAGGAUGGAGAUCGAUUUUGGCGAAUGCCUGAAUGCUAUAUACGCGGAAAUACAAUCAAGUAUCUUCGAGUUCCUGAUGAGGUGAUUGAUAAAGUUCAGGAGGAGACAAAGAGCCGUGCAGAUAGGAAGCCACCUGGUGUAGGGCGUGGAAGAGGAAGAGGUAGAGAGGACAGCACCAGUGGUGGGCGACCAGCAAAGGGCAUGGGUGGCCGCGGUCUAGAUGAUGGAGGUGCUAAGGGGAUGGGUGGAGGUCGAGGCAGAGGUGGGGCUGGUGGGAGGACUGGUGGAAGCAGAGGUACUGGGCGAGGCCGGUGAUAAAGCUGAGGUGUUGAACUCAAGGAGGUUUGCUAGUUUUAAAAGGCAUUUCACUCCCCCCGUUUGCAAGAAAAGUGAUAUUAUGAAGAAAAGAAAUUUUCUUUUUUUGAUGUUUGUAUUAUGCUCUGAGCUUUAUCCAAGACAGUGGCACUAAGACAGCAAUCGAUUUAAAUGGUUUUAAAGGCUAAGAUUGUUUAUUUGAAUUAUUCUAAUUUGCCUUCUGUUCUGGAUAUAUAUUAUCUUAUUUUUAUUUUGCAGUGAAGUUGUAAGCUAUAUUUAUAAACAGAACGUAUUUUUUAGCAGAAUAGAAAAAUUACAACAAUGAUUAGAAUUCCAUAUA